UGUUGCAGGGUUCUGCUGGUCCUGCUGCAGGGCUUUUCCCCCACGGAGGUCUCUGGUUAUGUGGUGAAGACCCUCAGCCCAGAGGCACCUUUUUUUUUUCCUGGCUGGGAAAGGUUAUAACUGAGUAGCCCUUAUGACCAACAUGAGCUGGAGCUUCCUCACCCGCCUGCUAGAAGAGAUUCACAAUCACUCCACCUUCGUGGGGAAGGUCUGGCUCACCGUGCUCAUCGUGUUCCGCAUCGUCCUGACCGCCGUGGGGGGCGAGUCCAUCUACUCCGAUGAGCAGAGCAAGUUCACCUGCAACACGAAGCAGCCGGGCUGCGACAACGUCUGCUACGACGCCUUCGCGCCGCUGUCGCACGUCAGGUUCUGGGUCUUCCAGAUCAUCGUGAUCUCCACCCCUUCCGUCAUGUACCUGGGCUACGCCAUCCACAGGAUCGCCCGCUCGGCCGAGGAGGAGAAGAAGUUCAAGGGCUUCAAGAAGAAGAAGCAGUUCGCCCUCAACUGGCAGGCCGUGCGCAACAUGGAGGACGCGAUGGAGGUCGACGAGGAGGAGCCCAUGAUCUCGGACGACGCGGCGGAGCACGAGACGGCCAAGGCCAAGCCCAAGAGCAAGGAGCCCCAGAAGCACGACGGGAGGAGGCGCAUCCAGGAGGAGGGGCUGAUGAAGAUCUACGUCUUCCAGCUGCUCACCAGGGCCUCCUUCGAGGUCUGCUUCCUGAUAGGGCAGUACCUGCUCUACGGCUUCGAGGUGGAGGCGUUCUACGUCUGCAACAGGGUGCCCUGCCCUCACACCGUGGACUGCUUCGUGUCCCGGCCGACGGAGAAGACCAUCUUCCUGCUGGUGAUGUACGUGGUGAGCUGCCUGUGCCUGCUGCUGAACAUGUGCGAGAUGUUCCACCUGGGGUUCGGCACCAUCCGCGACGCCAUCCGCAACCGCAAGAUCAACAGCUUCAGGCAGCCGCCCUACAACUACGCCUACCCCAAGAACAUCUCCUGCCCCCCCGAGUACAACCUGGUGGUGAAGUCGGAGAAGCCCACCAAGAUCCCCAACAGCCUGAUGGCCCACGAGCAGAACUUGGCCAACGUGGCCCAGGAGCAGCAGUGCACCAGCCCCGACGAGAACCUGCCGGCGGACCUGUCCACCCUGCACAAGCACCUGAGGGUGGCCCAGGAGCAGCUGGACAUCGCGUUCCAGAGCUACAGCAGCACCCAGGCCAACACCCAGCCCUCCAGGACCAGCAGUCCCGCCUCGGGGGGCACGGUGGUGGAGCAGAACAGGGCCAACACCGCCCAGGAGAAGCAAGGUGCUAAACCCAAGGCCUCCCUGGAGAAGGGGAGCUCCAGCAGUAAGGACGGAAAGACGUCAGUAUGGAUAUAACUUUGUGGGAAAGGUGAGGGGGCAGCAAUAAGUGGGUGGGGGUUAUUUUGGUUUGUCUCUGGUUUUUGGCGUCACCUUGUGUUUGUUUCGCUGGGCACAGGCACAGUUUUUGUGUGGAAGUCGAGAGAGGAGGAGUUUCAGACCAAUUUAGUGCUGUCUUCCAGGGCGUUAACAAAAGACAUUUCUUCCCUGUUUCCGACUUGUUCUCCAGCUGGGAACCUCCAGUGAGUAACAGCAACCCACCCCUGCACCUCCCACCCCUUCAGUCCCCACCAGAGCCCCCCAGCAGAGAUGGACAAUGCGCUGUGGGGGGAGAUGGAGCUGCUGGGGGCUCAGGAGGGAGGUCAGGCUGGCACGAGCAGCCGCCCUCCUGCACGGGCAGGGCUCGAGGGCUGCAGGUUCAGGCGGCGUUUAAUUACUAAACACACCCUUAAUCAAAUUAAUUUCUGAUUCCCCCUGAUAUGAGAACAACUGACACGUUGCACGGACCUUCCCGACACAGCGUCCUGCCUGGACUGGCAGGGGCUCUCGCAGGGCAUCAUGAAGGCAUUGUUGGAUGCUGCAAGCCAGGAGCUGGCACCCACAUUGGGUUAUGGGGCAGGAACACAGGGACUGUCUCACACAGAGAGCCCAAAGAACAGCCCAGCACUGAAGGUUUCAUCUUUUCUUCCUCUGCAUGGAAGCAAAAAGCGGGAUCUGCUCCAACCCCCCGGAGCAGGAGCGAGCAGCGACGCCGCAUCCUCCCAGUGCCUGUGUAGCACUUGCUACAGAUGUGAUGGGGCUCCCUGCAGUCACAGAGUUCUUAAAAAACUGCUGCUUCACAUCAUCAGAAAGUGCCUUUUAUGCAACCAGGAAAACAAAAGUGUGGAGGGUUUAGGCUUCUUUAUUUGCUGAGUUUUAGUAGAGGUCGGAAGGACGGCGUCGGCAAAUCUCGGUUUUCUGAUUAAUCAAGGAAAUUUGGGCAAAUUUGGGUGUUUGGGUUUUUUUUUGAUGAAUGAAGGAAGAUCUCUGUUGGUAAGUUUGUUUUCCUGAUGAAUCAAACCCUUAUAAAUAGUGGCAGGAGGCAGAUCUAUGCAUAGUGUGUCUCUGGUGUGUGUGUGUACAUGUACGUAUAAUAUACAGACACAUAUGAACAUGUGUGUGUGUGAAUAUAGACAUAGAGAGAUAUAUGUAAAUGUAA